CCAGCGAGACCAAGCCGCCUCUCGCCCGACAUCUCCCGCACGGAGGAUGGAUCCAGCUCCCGAUGGCCUGGCCAUCAAGAAACUCAAACUCGAGGUCCAAUACAAUCCCCGUGAAGCCGAAAUUGUCGGGUCCCAAAUGCCACUCGACCAACCACAGAUCUUCUCUGGUCUUGCGCAAAUAUCAUCAGAACAGCCGCGAUGGCAGACAUUCGAUCGGCGAAAGUCCUGGAGGCCCAAGCCAUUUCGGCCGAAAGCCUCUGCUGACCAACAAUUGAUCAAGACAAUGCUUAGGAUUGUGCCAAAAUGGCAUCAAUCGUUUGAUGAACACACAACGAUCCUCAUUCCAGGCGGGAUACAGAGCAAACCCCGGCCGACAACCUUCCAUAAAAAACAUGGGCUUGCAGCAUUUACGGUUGGGAAUGAGCAUGGGCGGCUGAUUAGCUGUAACAUUUCAACUGGGAAAACGGAUUCCCAAUUUGAGACAAAGGGCUGCACCAUCACCUGUGCAUCCUUUUGCCAAGUGUUCCCCCACAGCUCCUUGACCAUGGCCACCGGCCACGCAGACGGAACAAUAACGCUGAUUUCCAAGAGCCAGAUAUCCUCCAAACUAAGCCUGGGCUCUGCCAUCACCACAAUCACCACCAACAUUAAUAUGGCGGGUCAUCCCUAUCUUUUAGCUGGCGAUGCUCGUGGAGCGAUGGUGGCCUUCGAUGCCUUCCAAAUCCUCUGGAGAUGCCAAGCAGGCGGAUUAUUUUCUGUUCUGGAUGAGGAUGAACCCAUCUUCUCUCCAUCGAUCCGAUGUCUUAUGCCCAUCGAUCUGCCAGACUCUGGCGAUACCUCGACGAGCUUUAUACUGCUCUGCGAUGGUUCACCAUUUCUCCACUUUUAUGUCGAAGGAAACCGCGUACUCUCCAAGGCACUACCGAGUCCAAUCGUUUCGUUGACGAAGGGGCGGUUCGCAUCAUCGGACACGAGCGAAUCGUCGCAACAAUGGCCGCAAGUGAUGAUGGCUGGCGAGGACGGUGCCAUCUAUAUUCUUGAAAAAAACGAGAUUUACUUGUACAAUCAAGUCGAUGAGAGCAUCACUGCCAUCCAAGCCGUUCCCGCUCCCGGAUCAAAAUUUGACUAUCUGGCAGUUGGUGGAAACUUUGAAGAGAUAAGGCUAUAUCACCAGUGUCAGGUUCAUUACACAAUUCCGACCGGCGAUUGGGUUCUGCAAUUACAAACUGUGGCAAAUGACCGUGACCAAAUGGUUCUAGCAUUGCUGGUGAAUGGAAGUGUUCAUGGAUACGGAAUUCACGGCCCAGAAGAAGGGAUGAAGCUGGAUCCAACAGAUAUGGAGCUCGAUCAAACGUCGAGUAAGAACGAAACAAAUAUCCAUAUCGAUGAUACCGAAUAUGAAUGCGCUCCAGACGAUGAUGGGCUAUUGGAGAUAAUGGAAGAACAAACACAAGCAAUUCCAGAUGCUGGUGAGCGAUCUGGUGGGCGACCUGCGACGAUUGAUGGAGAACGAUCAAAUCGCCAGGACGAAGAGGAGGGAGAAAUUUCGGAGGAGGAGGAAGGCGAGAUAAGCGAAUGAAGUUUCGAUCAAUAUAAAUAAAAGUCAGAACACUCGAUCAAAGCUACUCGAACAAGUGGAGGCUGUCACAUUUGGUCACGUUUCGAUGUUGAAGAGCAGGUCAGCCUCGUUUCCAGAGCAAACUUUGGAGACACACCGCCAACAUGGUACAUGCAGGGGAGCACAGCUCGAGCAAACCAAUCGUGGAGAGAGUGAU